AUGGACGUUGUUCCAGUGUACAGAGUAUUUAUGUGUAAAUUCAAAUAUUUUAAGGAGAAAUGGACAUUUGAUCCAUUUGGUGCAGAAAUGGACAAUGAUGGGAACAUCUAUGCACGUGGAAGUCAGGAUAGUGAACAAAUUCAACCUUCGUCCCUUGAUUCCCCGUUUUGUAAAUCGUUUUUUUCUGCUAUUGAUGAACUUCUGCAAGCAAAUCCUGGGGCUCUCUUACAAAAGAUAUUAGAGAUAACCAACAACUAUUGUGUGAAUACAAAGCUUACAGACUAUAUCGAAGCGUUUAACCUUAUCUCGGAUAAUCAGCUGGGAGCUAGAAGGCAAUGCCAAGGCGCAAAGGAACAAGCACUAAUAAACCAGUGUGUCAAUAGUGAGUAUGGAAAUAACUUAUUUGCAACGUGGAUCGAUGUCAGAAAGGCAUUUGAUUCUGUCAAUCAUGAAUUCUUAUGUCAAGUGCUUGAUCAGUCUGGAAUUCCGAAUUGGAUCACAAAUUUUGUGAAAACUUUAAUCAAAAAUUGGAAUGUCAUUUUGACACUUAACAAUAAGAGAAUUGGAACUGUAAAAUUGGAAAGAGGAAUCUUACAAGGAGACUCACUCUCUCCACAACUCUUCACUCUGGUAAUGGAUCCGUUAAGUAGGAGCUUGAAUAUGAAGUUCCCGAAGGUGCGUAUAGGUCAAAAUGACCCGUUCACGGUUUCAUAUUCAACAAACCAUUUGUUGUUUAUUGACGACCUGAAAAUAAUUGCUGAGAAAGAAGACACCGUUCUAAAAAUGAUGGAAGAUGUCGAUGAAUAUUUUGAUGCCGUUGGCCUCAAGGGAACUCGGAAAAGUCUGCGACUAACCUGGACUAUGUGA